AUGAUCACCUCUCGUGUACAACUGAUCUUUACCUCCAAUGGCCCCGCUGCGUCACCAGAGAAAUUGUUGAGCUACAGCAAAGGGGCCUACAAAUUAAUCAAUAGAACAGUCCACCCUGUAAAACAAGCUACCUAUACCCCUCGCGACCCUCGACGCGGCGCGCUGGCUAUCUUGAAACAAGCAAAAAUGGCAACAGCCAGUGUCACAGCGCUCAGAUAUGUAUCCGCUUUAGUCCCGAUGCGAUUUGACAGCAAGUCGUUGUUUAUCGCAUCGCGUGGUACUAGAUUGAAUGUUGUUGCAAUCGCCGACCAUCCUGCAACCGCCGGAACAACCAAUGUAUCGGCCAUUCCAAAGCAAUACUCGAAUGGAAGGCCUGAACUCGAUGACAGGGCGAACGUCAGAGACAGAGCCGAGACCGAGGGGAAGUUCACACAUGAUUUUGGUCAUUUCGCCAACAGUAGAGGUUUCGUCGAAUACGACAAUAGUCGCGCUGAGCCCAAGGACUACGAGCAAAAGCAGUCCACGGUUUCGAAUAGCACACCCAUAGGUGAGGAUGAGAAUGAUACUGAGCCAUACGUUGAAUGGGAUAUCAAUGCACACAAAGUGGCUGGCGAGGAGCCCCCAGGAUCGGGAGACUAA